GUGUCACUAAGUGUCCUUGAAGAUAAGACUCAUGGAUUCUUAUAUAUAACAUCUUUCUUCAAUUUAUUUAUUCAUAUUCAUCUUAUUAUUAAAGCAUAUAUUUUCCCUCUUCACAUAACAUUUUCCUUACAUACACACACACACACACACACUUUAGGAACAAAACUUGUUUGUUCUAUAAAUUAACUUCACAACAUGUUUGAUUCUAGUUCCUCUCAUAUUGAUUUUCAAUCUUCCCAAAGUAAGAAUAGUACUCACAUGUUCACAUAUUUAACACCAUUAAAGAAACCAAGAAUGGAAAUUUCAAGCCAAAAAGAAACAACAAAGUUAGAGAAACAAUGCUUGGUGGGGUGUGAAUAUCAAAAAACAGGAAAAGUGAAUUUCUCAAACUUUUCUAUACCUGCAGUGUUUCUCAAAUCAACUCAUCAACAAAAUAGUUCAAGAAAUGUUGCUUCAACAAAAUUUCAAGAACAAACUGCUGCUAACAAAUCAAGAAUGGAAUUACUACCAACAGUUGAUGAACAUUCUGAAGCUGCUAGCCAUAACAGUGCCUUUGAUAUUAGACAAAAGAGAAAAGCUAGUGCUAUUGAUCUAUGUAAUGAAAGAGAAUCUUCUUCUGUAUGCUCACUUGAAGCCUCAAAUGAUCUAAACUACGGUCUCGGAAAAUUACAUGAGGAAACCGAUGACUCGCCUUAUUUCAGUGAUAAUGAAGAUGAAAAAUCAGAAAAUAUGAUAAAAGAAAAGGUAGCUCGCGAAGGAAACAGAAUCAAGAAAAGCUACAGGAAUGCUAAAGUUCAUAAUUUAUCAGAAAGGAAGAGAAGAGAUAAAAUCAACGAAAAAAUACGUACAUUGAGAGAGCUCAUACCGAAUUGCAAUAAGACGGACAAAGCUUCAAUGCUUGACGAUGCCAUUGAAUAUCUUAAGAACCUCAAACUUCAGUUACAGAUUAUGUCAAUGAGUAGAGGACUUUGUAUGCCAUUUAAUCAUCUUAUGAUGUUACCAACACAUCAUAUGAAUUUGAAUGCACAACAUUUAAUGGGAUUGAGGCAACCACAAGUACAGUUUCCUAUUCCACAACUGAGUAAUGGUGGUGUCACUGAAAAUAACAGCAGAGUUCAGAUGUUUGGGUUCUCCAACCAAUUUCAAGUAGCACCACCUAUGUCAAUUCCAAAUGCACCUUUCAUGCCUCAUAUUAUUGGAAACUCUUCAACUACACCAUCACCAACCUGUUAUGGUGACAUGCAGAAUCAACCUGGCAGGACAUGUGGUUAAUUCUGCAUGCAACAAAGCAAUCAGGUUUUUACAGCAUUAGCUACCCAACCCCUGCUUGUUUGGCUCACAACAUUAAUGUGGCAUGUCUGACCACCAUUAUCGAGAAGAUUUUCGAUAUAAGAAGGCGGGUCAUCUUUAAUCAAACAAUCAGUUGUCAUACAAAUGUUGCAUUGCAAUCGGAGCCUCAAGCAUAGGGGGAUCAUGACAUUGUUGUUUGGCUAACAACGCUCAGACAAGUGAAUUAGACAUCACAUAUUUCUAUAUAAGUCCGCUAAAUUUUAUGUUGUAAUUUACAACUAUUUUUUCAUCUAAUGUAGAACUUUUUACUCACUUGACAUACCAA